AUGACUGUGAGUAUCCCCGCAUCCUGCGACAUCCUCGUCAUAGGCAGCGGCAACGCAGGCUUCUCCGCCGCCCUCUCUGCUGCCCAAACAAACCCAGCAGCAGACAUAGUCCUAAUCGACAAAUGUCCCUCAACCUGGGCCGGCGGCAACAGCUACUUUACCGCAGGAGCCUUUCGCACCGUGCACAAUGGUCUACCCGAUCUCCUUCCACUGGUAAACAACCUCGACAGUCCCGAGAAAGCCAACCGAAUCGACAUGCCCAUCUACUCCGAAGCAAACUUCACCCACGACCUAAACCGCAUGACAAACGGCCGCACAGAUCCUGCCCAGCAAAUAUCUUAG